CAAGUCCGUUCCACGAUGGCAAAAUAUUAUGAAAAUUCAACCAUCUACAACUAUUCCUGGGAGCAGGUGAUGCAGGGCUUCUGGAAUCGAUACCCCAAUCCGUUCAGCUCACACGUCCUGUCGGAGGACACGGUCAGCCGGGAGGUGCGAAACGGCAAACUGCACAGCAAGCGACUCCUGACCAAAACGAACCGCGUUCCGAAGUGGGGCGAGCGUUUCUUCAAAGCAAAGUCGGUCAACAUCGUCGAGGAAUCGGUGGUCGACCCGAAGGAGCGAACCCUGGUCACGUACACCAGAAACAUUGGAUUCAACAAGAUAAUGAGCGUCGUCGAGCAGGUUGUCUACAUGUCGCUACCGGAACAACCGGGCAAAACGAUCGCCAUCCGAUCGGCAUGGAUCGACUCGUCGGUGUACGGCUUCGGGACGGCCAUCCGCGCGUUCGGACUCGAUCGAUUCAAGAAGAACUGCGCCAAAACGGUGGACGGUUUCAACUACGUGCUGCAGCACAUGUACCCCAAUCAUCCGGUAGCGCUGGCGGCCGCCGUCAACGCCGCCAAGGAUCACCACGGUUCGAAGGCGCAAAAGUUGCGUGAAGCCGCCAAACACGCGUCCGAUCACAUGAGGGCUCAGGCCGAGCAAUUGGUACAAAAUCUGUCCGUAAAGGGCUAGGAUCGAGACUGACCGGCGGCGGUGCUGUUGGAAGUGGCGGAGUUUCCGCUCGCGUGUCUCUGGUACAUCCGAUUCCUCCAUCACCGUUCCGCUGGGAGUUAGUUAGUAACAGGCCAUAAGUGUGAUGUUUGUGUGUGUGUGGUUAAGGUACCCGGACCAGACCCGGGAGUGGUCUACGAAAAGGGCUCACAGUAUUCUUCCUGUUAGUAUAGCGCCGGUUUGCUAUACAUAACGCCCUGCUUAACCUUCGCCGGGAGGGAGCCAAGUGUCGGCCUUUUAUCGUAAAAAGGAACACUUCAUCAGUCCACGGCCUCAGCAUAACGUUACAACCUAUUUCUCUCUCUCUCCCCUACUUCGAUUAUGAUGCUCGGAUCAACCGGUUAACCGCGCGAUUCGUUGCAGAUCAUUCCACGUGUUUUCCGCUUCUUUACAAUCCCCCGGAACAGAGAGCGAGGUCGCUGGCAUCGUAAAGACACUGGUAUCACACCAAAAGAAUAGUUAUUGUUAAUGUUAUUGUAUUAAGAUUCCAUUCUCUCUGUCUUUGUGGAGACAUCCAAUCGAACGAGUGCGGUUUUUUAUUGAGGAGUAGAAAGAUAGCAAUAGAAGCUAGGAAGAUACGGCUUAAUUGUUUAAUUUAGAAUAUUCAAUUGUACACCACAAUAAAAUUACCUGCUAAU